AUGUUUAUCUUGAGAUUACCUACAGCGGUUGAGUGGGAAAAAUUCGCCUACGACAAUGAGCUGAAGUCUGAGAAUAUUCGGGAAUUGCUUCUGGAAGCGUUAUGUUCCGACGUCGCCACAGUUCCUAGUCCCUUCGAAUCGACACUCGCCGAGUUUGGGUGUGCGCUUCUAGAAAGAUCACGAUGCCUUUUGGCAAAAAAUAUGCGAGCCGCUAAACUGGCUAAGCUGUUUGGCUGCGCUAUUAUGUGUAUCGUUGAACACCUUGACGGAGGCCUGAAACAGAGCGCUGGAGAUCUUAAUAGGAAAAUGGCAAGUGCCAUUAAUGAAGUGCCUGCUAUCCAAAAAAGAUCCCGAAACUUCAAGCAUUGGCUUGUACUUUUUCCUUGCUUGGGACGCGAGAUUUUGUCUCAAAUUUUCAGCAUAACGAAUCCUGCUGCUGCUGCCGAAAUUUCUUGCGUAUUGAGCAUGGACAAGUAUAGGAUGAUUCUGCCUGCCGCAAAGAGCUCGCUAGACGUUCUUGCAGUCAUUAAACUCCUACUGAGGGGCACUAUCGAAGAUCGGGUUAUUUGCUAUGCACUCGGAUACUCUGACCAGUCUCUGACUAGUUGCCUGCCACCAUCUAGAGAUCCCUCUCGGAACUGGCUUAUUGAGGCGCUCGAGCGAACGACAGACCAACAGCCAGCAUCUACAAUAUCACCUGAAGAACAGUUAGGUGUGACUAGCUCAGCCACCUCAAUGUUUGAAGAUCCAGAUGCAACAAGAAUCACUAUCUCUCCUGAGGACCCCGGUCGGAGUCAGGAUUAUGAGGAGAACGAAUUUACAGACAUAAUGGUCGAAGACAAGAGCCAACAAACCGAUACUGGGCUUAGAUUCGAGUACACGUGGGACCCCGGCCCAAUCGACCUUCUGCCUUAUAGUUUUGAAGAAUGGACGUAUGAUUCCGACAGGGGUCCAUACAAUCCAAGGACAUUCAAUUUGGAUGAGCUGGACAAGGAGUUUGAGACUUUUACAGCAGGACAGUCCCUGUAG